GUGACGCUUCGGAGAGCCGCGGUCCGUUGCUCUGAGCGCCAUGGAGCAGGUUUUCCGGAGAAACGGGCUCGUUCUCCUCAAGUCUCUGCUGAGCAUCUCCCUGUUCUUCGCCUCCCUUCUCCUACUCCACAAGCUGAAACUCCCCGAGAAGGAACACUUGAGGCGCGCCGGCUGGUGCAGGGACUGUUUUUCGUCGAGGGGGGAGGACAGCCAGCAGACCUCUAAAAUCCACAAGCGCCCGACGGUUCCGGGCGCACCUGGGGCGCGGCGGCUUUCCAACCAAAGCGUUCCGUUCUGGGACGUGCUGGCGCUGAACUGCAGCGAGGACGCCGCGGUGAAAACAAAGGACUGGUUCCGGAGGUUGGACCCGAGGUUUCACCAGUUCGUCCUGCACCGGCACUGCAGGUACUUCCCGAUGCUCAUCAAUCACCCGGAGAAGUGCGCGGCCGCGGGCGGAGGGGUGCACCUCCUGAUGGUGGUCAAGUCCGUCAUCGAGCACCACGAUCGGCGCGAGGCGGUGCGGAAAACCUGGGGCAGGGAGCACGCGGCGGAAGGGAAGACCAUCAGGACCCUUUUCCUUUUGGGGAGUCCUUCCGUCGGCAAAGACGCCAGGAACCUGCAGAAGCUGAUCGAAUACGAGGACCGGAUCUACGGGGACAUCCUGCAGUGGGAUUUCAUGGACACCUUCUUCAACUUAACCCUGAAAGAGGUCAACUUUCUCAAAUGGUUCAACAUCUACUGCGUGGACGUGCGCUUCAUAUUCAAAGGGGAUGACGACGUGUUCGUGAACACCGAAAACCUGCUGGACCUCAUUGACUUCAAGGUGGAGGAGCACAUGGAGACCAGUCUGUUUGUGGGGGACACCAUUUCCAAGGCCAUCCCCAUCCGGAACAGGCAGAGUAAAUACUACAUCCCCCGGGAGCUCUUCGAUAAGCCGUACCCUCCUUACGUGGGGGGAGGGGGGUUCCUCAUGUCCUCAAAGGUGGCCAGGGGACUCUUCGCCGUCUCAGAGGACCUGGAACUGUACCCCAUCGACGACGUCUUUCUGGGCAUGUGCCUGCAGAGCCUCCGCCUGAGCCCGGAGAUGCACUCGGGCUUCAGGACCUUCGGCAUCACCAGGCGCCGGGUGAGCCCCAUGAACAGCGAGCCGUGCUUUUACAAGAACCUCAUCGUGGUGCACAAACUCAGCACGCAGGAACUCCUCAAGAUGUGGACCCUGGUGCACCACCAAGAACUGGUUUGCGCGCGGAGGACCUCUGUGUGAUAUUUUCACGUAAAAAAAAAUAUGAAGGGAAGCAAGAGCACUUGAUUAUGAUGAAUUUUUUUUAAACAGUUUGGAGUCCUUUUCAACUUUUGGGAAACCACUACCGUGCAGGUCUACGGUGCAAUUCCAAGUGCCUUUUCAAAUUUUUAGCCUCACAGGCCAAGCGCUAAAUACGUGAUGGAUGUUUGUGGCUUACAAUUACAUAUUGCAAGUUUAAUUUUGCGCUGCCAACAAAAGAAAGGUCAAAAGAAACUGAAAUUCAGUGAAUUUUCGAUUAUUACGGUGUAAAUACAAAC